CGAAAAUAAUAAUAAUAAAAAGCGGCAGGCAGGCAGCGUGAUGUUGUUACGCUUGGUGGCGUGAGUAGCGGAAGAGCCAAGGUAAAAACGCAGGUGGUGGUGGCGAUGUCGUUUUUGUGUUGGCGCAGCUCGCUGGGCCGGUCACUCAGUCAGUCGGUGGAUCGCACGAGCAGCACCUCUCACUCGCGGACUCACAGCUCACGUUUGCCAACGCACCCGAACAUGAGUGAUUAGCAUCAGCCGCACAGCAAAUCGAAGCAGUGAGUGAAACUGUCCACACGGUUUUGCACCGAAGAGAAUCUGAAUCUGCCGCUCGCUGGUCGUCUGCGUGCCACACGGGUGCACAGCGGACACUGUUGAGCGCAAGCAAGCCAGAGGAAGACGCAGUUGUUUGUUUCGCACAUGAGCCUUGAAAAUUGAUCGUCCUGGCCUCAUCACUAGAACCGCCUUUUCUGCCCCCAGCACCUGCGAUUCAGAGUUUCACGUCGAGCGGUGCGAGCAACCCCGCGGCUGGUGGCACCGCACUCAAGCGCAGCAGCAUCUUCAGCAGCCCCCCGGCGUCGGCCAGCACCUUUUUCACGACGGCGGCCACCAUAGUGUCCUCGGACAAGAGCGGUCUGUUGCACCAGCACCAGUUGGCGCCGUCGCCGGACGCCGUGUCCAAGAAGCAGCGCCUCGCCUCGUACGCGUCGGACGGCCUCGACGACUCCAGCUCGACGCCCUCGCCCCACGCAGCCAUGGACGCGCCCGUCGCCAACGCCACCAACGCGCUCUCCCAGAGCAUGGACUCCGUCAACACGACGCAGGCUGAGGAGGAGGUCCGAACUUUGUUCGUCAGCGGCUUGCCAAUGGACGCCAAGCCCAGGGAGUUGUACUUACUUUUCCGUGCCUAUGAGGGUUACGAGGGUUCAUUGCUCAAAGUCACAAGCAAAAACGGGAAAACAGCGUCGCCUGUUGGUUUUGUAACAUUUAGCACAAGGGCAGGGGCAGAGGCAGCGAAACAAGAUUUACAGCAAGGGGUACGUUUCGACCCAGACAUGCCUCAGACGAUUCGACUCGAAUUCGCCAAGAGCAACACCAAAGUCUCAAAACCAAAGCAGCAGCCGGGCUCUGUUGGCUCCGGCCCCGGAGGUCUCGGCGGCCCAGGCAACAACAAUGCCAACUCAGCGGCGGCUGCGGCGGCCGCAGCUGCGGCCGCCUCGGCACACCAAAGCCUCAUGUUGCCUGGACGUGAGUAUUUUGAAAGUCCACUCUUUCGGCGACCAAUGCAUAAAUCACUAGGAGGCCCCUUCUUCACCACCGCGGGCCCCGAGUUGUGGCCGCACCCUCUCGCGUAUUCGGCAGCGGCCGCAGCGGCAGCCGCCGCAGAGCUGCCAGGCGCGGCCGCACUUCAACACGCAGCCACCCUGGUGCACCCUGCACUGCACCCUCAGCAACCGCUUUCGAUUCCACAUCCAACGGCAGCCCUGAGUUCGAUGCACGCAAAUUCCCUGCCCCAUUUUCUGCCCUCGCCAGCUCUUGCCUCCCCCGUGGGCUCCACGUGCUCCCAACCGGGUGCUAAUAACGGCCCGGCGCAAUGCAACACAGGCAACAACGCACCCUGCUCGACCCUCUUUGUCGCCAACCUCGGCCAGUUCGUCUCUGAACACGAACUCAAGGAAAUCUUUGGAAGCUUCCCUGGGUUCAGUCGCCUGCGGAUGCACGCCAAAGGUGGAUCGCCGGUGGCCUUCGUCGAGUACGGCGACCUGAAGUGCGCGUCGCAGGCCAUGGCGGCUCUGCAAGGCUCAUUUCUCAUCUCGUCCGACCGAGGGGCCAUGCGUAUCGAGUACGCGAAGACCAAAAUGGCUGAGGGAGGUGUUAAGAUCGAAGAGUUUGGUCAUCUCAUCUGAAAUAAUCCAAGCGAUAUCAAAAUAACCAACGGUGCCCUUCUUGAAUUUCCUGCGCCCUGAGCAGCAGCAACUCGUCUUUUAGACCUGCAGCAGCAAUACGCAUUCAAAUAGUUACAAGAGAAAAAGCAAACGCGCGCGUAAAAUUACUACUUAAUAUGUAAAAUAGCUGUGUAAAAGUCGCGUCUCUCGAUCUGAGCCCUUUCUGAUAGAACUACAUUUGAAAACAAAAGGCAGCAAAAUUGAUUCCCUUCAAAAACUGAGGAUAUAACCACAUGUGAUGAUGACAGAGAGCGGUUGAUUGAUUGAUUGUGAUCGUUAUUUUUCCAUCCUUGAUUGCAUUUAGUACCAAAAGAACGCACAUUCCACAAUUGAGAAAAAAGUCAACUAUAUAUUUACUCAACUUCGCAGCCGUAAGUUUAGAUAAUGAACAACCGUCUGUCAUCGAUUUUUGUUUAUCUAUACAUACAAGUUCACCAAAGAAUCGGAUUUUUCAUCUGUAAUUAUAAUUAAUUAUUGCCUUUCUCACCCCUCUGGUGUUGAUAGUUAAAAUAAUUACGCAGACUAUUGACAAUCCACACAAAGAGACGAAACAUAUCCAGAAAAAAAGAGGAGAAAAUAAUAACGAAACAUAUCAGAAAUAUCUGUCCUGUUGGAAUUUUAAACAUGCCUUUUGAUGCUUAAUUAUCGACGGAAAAAUAUUGACUUUGAAAAACGAGACGCACCAGGUGCGCCCGACACUAUUCCUUAAUUUUAAAUUUUAAUCUCUGGACUAUUUUCAAGCCUUUUGUUUGUUACGGUCUUGUGUGUGUUAUUUUAUUUUUUUAAGUGAGAUGUUUGUAUUUGAAUUAUUUGAGAAAAAAAAAGGAAUCUUUUUCAGUUCCAAAAAUUAAUCUGAGUGAUUUUUAUAUACACUCAAAAGGGUACACAACUCACUCGACGAUGUGGUAGUUAAACAAAGUAAGCGAAUGUGGCUUAAUGAUACAUAUCGAAUAUUUAAAACCUUGUGACUUAAAAUUUUGAGAUCGACAAACAAACAAAAAUUGUGUAAGUUAUUAAAAAGCGUAACGUUACAAAUAAAGAAAGAAAGUUCAGACCGGUAAUGGCGGGAAAUUUGGUUGAUUUU